CCCUUGCCAUGGUAAGAAGCGCGCCGCCCUUCCUCAUCCACUUCGCUCCUCUAAGAUCUGAAAUGGCGACGGGCUCUCUCUGGGCCGCCCUUCUCAGGCGAGCCCGCGAUGGAAAUCCCAUGGCUCCAUACCUCAGGGCCGUGCCCUUCGCUCGUUUCGAAAGCCUUAGGCCCUUCUCCUCCGGCCACUCGAGGGGCGAAGCCGUCGCCGUCGAGGAGGAGCGCGCGGCGCGGCUGGACGAUCUGAGGAGCCGCCUCUUUCGGCUCCGGUUCCCCAAGCGGAGCGCGACGGCCGCCCUCGAUAAGUGGGUCGGCGAAGGGAGGAAGGUCACGGCCUCGGACCUCCGCCAGAUCGCCAAGGACUUGAAGCGAUCGCAGCGCUAUAAGCAUGCCCUCGAGAUUUUAACAUGGAUGGACUCUUGGGAUAAUUUCCAACCAUCCUCAGCUGAUCAUGCUGCCAGACUGGAGAUGAUUACCAAAGUCCAUAGUAUAGCUGAGGCUGAGCUAUACUUCGAGAAAUUAUCAGACAGUGCUUCAAGGAGGGUUGCAUCCUUCCCUCUUCUUCAUCAUUAUGUGAAGGAAAGGAACUUAGAGAAAGCUGAGGCUCUCAUGUCAAUGCUGCUGAAUUUGGGGCUCGUUGUGGAUCCUCACCCUUUCAAUGAGAUGAUGAAGCUGUACGUGGCCACAGGUCAAUAUAAAAAGGUCCUUGCUGUGAUCCAGCACAUGAAACGCUGCAAGAUCCCUCGUAAUGUUCUUUCAUACAACCUAUGGUUGAAUGCCUCUGGUGAGCUGUCUGGUGUUGCUGUAGUGGAGAUGGUGCAUGAGGAGAUGAUGAAUGACAAGAAUGUUGAGGUGGGUUGGAGCACAUACUCAACCUUAGCCAAUAUCUACACAAAGUCUGGUCUCCUUGACAAGGCAUUCGCUGCUCUUAGAACAGCAGAGGAGAGGCUCUCUGUGAGGAAGCGUCUUGGCUAUUCUUUUCUGAUGACAAAUUAUGCUGCUCUGAAAGACAGGGAUGGAAUUCUGAGGCUCUGGGAAUCCAGUAAAAGAGUACCAGGGAGGAUUUCUUGUGCAAAUUACAUGUCUGUAAUGUUAUGUUUGAUCAAAGUUGGUGACAUUCAAGAGGCUGAGAAGGUCUUCAAGACAUGGGAAAUGGAGUGCAGGAAGUAUGAUGUUCGGGUCUCCAAUGUCCUUCUAGGUGCUUACAUGAGAAAUGGAUGGAUGGACAGGGCUGAGGCAUUGCAUCUCUAUACCUUGGAGGAAGGUGCCUGCCCAAACUACAAAACAUGGGAGAUUCUGAUGGAGGGUUGGGUGAAAUGCAAUCAGAUGGAUAAAGCUGUGGAAGCCAUGAAGAAAGGCUUCUCCAUGUUGAAAGCUUGCAAUUGGAGACCCCGUUCUGAUAUUGUGGUGGCCAUCGCCAAAUAUUUUGAGGAGCAGGGAAAUAUUCAGGAAACAGAGAGGUAUGUGAAAGUUCUUCGCCAUUUACGACUCAUGAGUUUGCCAAUAUACAAGUCUUAUCUGAGAGCAUGCAUAAAUGCUAAAAGAGCUGCUCCCAGUAUGCUAGAGAAAAUGGCAAGAGACGGAAUUAGCUUGGAUGCGGAGGCUGAGGAGCUUAUUCAACGUGUCAGCAAACUUGAUAAUAUCAGUGCUUAUAAUGAUUUUUAUUUAUGGUGAGACAGAUUGAUGAUCUUAUUUGGAGUUGAGCUGGCUACACACUCCAUGAUACAUUUCCGAGAUUGGCGAAUGUUCUGCAAAUUAGUUUUACUGUAUUCUCCAUGCUGCAGGUUUACCAAAUAUCUGCUUUUCUGGAAGCAAGAAGCCAGGUCUCAUAUUAUUUUGGAAAACCUACAGCUAUUCACAUUAGGAUAAAGCUUAUGGAUGUGGAGGAAAUUAUUCAACGGCAACUACAAGGAGUUGUUCAGCAUCAAACAUUAUGUAGAUUAAUCUGGAGGAGAAUUUAUGUAUAAAUUGCCCAGCAUAUUGGAAGAGUUCAUCUGUCUAAGCAGACAUAGUGGAUAACACAUUCUCUCGGAUGGCUCUCAUAUGUGCCAUGACUUUUUCUUGAGGGGGCAUGGUUUCUUUCACCAGGUUGUGAUCCAAGAAGUGUUUGAUCCAGGCACUGAUCAGAGGCAGGUCCUGUUCAUUGAUGAUCUUGAUCCCAAUGAUCUCUUCAAUGAUUCCAAGCAAAGUUGCCAUCCAACCUGCAAUGAUGUCUACAAACCCUAUUGUUUCACCUCCAAAAAACUUCUUUCCCUCAAGAUGUCCCUCCAGAGUUUUAAGGCUCUCCUGCAUCUCCUUCACUGCCCUCAGCUGCUCCUCCCCCACCUUGGAGAAGACAUCAAAACUGCCAUGCAAGCACUGUAAUCAAAAAAUAAGUUUAAGUGAUUCAGAAUUUCAGGAUUUGUUUCAUUGCAACAUGAUCAAAAGGUGAGUAAACUAAUGUACGAUUAUGCAACCUUUUCUUCAACAAAUUUAGCCCAGAAACGAGUGUUGGCCUUCUGAUAAGGAUUUGAUGGCAAGAGAGGGUAGAGGUCACUCCAUGCCUCAUCUAUGUAUUCAACGAUCACAACGGACUCAGCAGUUGGCUUACCGUUGUGGACGAGCACAGGACCAUCUUGUGGACUGGGUUGUACUGAAGGAGCUGGGGGCUCUUGUUGAGCAAGUCCUCAUUCACAUACUCAUAUUUGAUGCCUUUCAGCUGGAGAGCCCAUUCCACCCGAAGGACGAAGGGACUCAGGAUAUUCCCAUAAAGCUUCACUCCCUCUUCUCCCAUGGUUUCUCCUAUCUUACUGGAUCACAGAUGCAACUGGUAAUCCACUAAUAGCUGAAUGUGUUUGUUGUGGAUUCCAGAGUUCGAUGGCUAUUAAUAUUACGGAAGAGGAUAGGAUUGACUUGUUCUGAUGAUGUCACAAGAAUGUCCAUAUGAGAGAUUUCAGUUGAAGUUUCUUGGAAGGAUAAGAGUUGGGGGUCAGAGUUGGCGGCAGACCAAAAAAAAAACUGGAAGGUUCUGAGUCCCUUCUCGCAAGUCAAAACGGGUUGAUACCCAUGAAUAGACAGGUGACGUCUUGUAUACGGAGCCGAAUAUUUUUUUUGUGGCCAAUCAUGGCUAUUUUUGCUGGCACUGAAUAGGGGUGGAAGUGGAUUUUAUAAUAUUCAUAUGAAUUCGUUUUCGUAUUUAAAA